UUUACCAUUAUGAGUAUGGAUGAGAAAUUAAAAUAUUCUCUAUUAAGAAAUGAACUAGUAGAUACUCAAUCAUUAUGGACUCGUCAUGAAAAACGUAUUUGGUUUAUAACCCUAAUAACCGGCACUUGUAUGCUGUAUUCGACAAGGACCACAAUGCCCUUACUGGUACCAGCGGUGGCAGGUGAAAUGAAAUGGAGCAAAACUGAUUCAGGAACAGUAUUGAGUUCAUUCUUUUGGGGUUAUACAUUGACACAGGUGGUUGGUGGCUAUUUCAGUGACCGCUUUGGAGGCCAAAGAGUUAUACUGUUUGCAGCAAUUGGCUGGUCACUUAUCACAUUUCUAAUGCCCAAUAUAAUAUGGUGGGCACCAAAUGCUAAAGGUUAUGCCAUUCCAUUUAUCGUUACUGUACGUAUUAUUAAUGGAGCAUUUCAGGGUGUUCAUUUUCCCAGUAUGAUUAGUUUAACAAGUCAAAAUCUCUGCUCAAAUGAACGCACAAGUUUCUUCGGUCUACUUACCUCGGGUUCGGCCAUUGGCACAUUACUUACCGGCAUAUUGGGUUCAUUUGUUUUGGACUACUUUGGCUGGUCAUAUGUAUUUCGUGUCAUUGGCUUUAUGGGCAUUGCUUGGGCUUUGGUAUUGCGUUAUUAUGCCAUGGCUGGAGAACGUAAUCGCAUCAUAAAUGUAUCAUUGCCAUCACGGUUGUGUGUUAAUAAGGCCAAUGUGGAUACAGUGCCGUGGUUAAAAUAUUUCAGUAAAUUAUCAUUUUGGGCGUGUGUCCUAACGCAUGCCUGUGAAAUGAAUUGUUUCUUUGUAUUACUCUCAUGGUUGCCAACAUAUUUUCAUGAUGGAUUUCCCCAUGCCAAGGGUUGGGUGGUAAAUAUGAUUCCAUGGUUGGCUCUGCCGCCAAGUACAUUUUUUGCCAAAUAUCUAACUGGUAGAUUAUUGGCAAGAGAAUGGUCCAUGUCGGCGGUUAGGAAAAUAAUACAAAGCUGCUGUUUUGCUGCACAAAAUUUAGCUCUAUUCAUAAUGAGCCGAACAACAGACUUUCAUACAGCAUUAAUAUGCAUGACAGUGAUUAUUGGUGGCACUGGUUUCCACAACAAUGCUGUGACUGUAAAUCCCCAAGACUUGGCCCCAUCUCAUUCGGGCAGUGUUUUCGGCCUCAUGAACACGGUGGGCGCCAUACCGGGUUUCCUGGGCGUCUAUUUGGCCGGUCAUAUUCUCGAAGUAACACAAAGUUGGCCAAUGGUGUUUAGUGCAGCAGCCGGCAUAAACCUGGUUGGCUGGAUAAUAUUUGUGGUCUUUGGCUCAGCUGAGGCUAUUGUGUGAUU